UACUCGAGAUGUUAAUAUGAGUUAAUCUCUUCCGGCCGCAGCCUCGAAUGUGCAGUUGCAGAAAAUACGAGCGUGCAAAGCCACGCAGCUAAGACCCAGAGAUAACAUUUCACUGUUAACUCCCGCUGGAAAUCGGUUUAGGGUUUAUUGUUGUGUUUGCUUGAUGGCGUUAUCUCCAAGCAUGUCUGGUUUCAGUUGGACUUGCUGAAGUUAGAGAAACUCUUGGACAGCACGGUGUAAAGUUACGCUCAAUGGGGUUGAUGUGCCCGCCUGUGAUGUAUCUCUCAACCGGCCUUAGUUGUUAUUAAAAUCUUUCUCCUCGCUUUGAUCCUUGGCUCGGAGCGAUCUGGGCUCAGCCCCGCGGGACCAAAUGUCUUUCUUCAGCUUCAUGAAACGUUUCAAGUUGGGUCCGGAGAAGAAGAAGGCGAGGCAGUAUGAGCAUGUGAAGAGGGACGUGGACCCCGAGGCUGUGUGGAAGAUCGUCGGGGAGCUGGGGGAUGGAGCCUUCGGCAAAGUGUUCAAGGCACUGAACAAGGAGACCGGCGCAGUCGCAGCUGCCAAGGUGAUAAGCUCACUGAAUGAGGAAGAGUUAGAAGAUUACAUGGUGGAAAUUAACAUUCUGGGUUCCUGUGAUCACCCCAACAUCGUGAAGCUGCUCGAUGCUUUCUACUACAACAACAACCUUUGGAUUCUGACAGAGUUUUGUGCCGGUGGUGCUGUCGAUGCAAUAAUGCUGGAGUUGGAGAGAGGUCUGACAGAGCCACAGAUUCGUGUAAUUUGCAGACAGAUGCUUGAAGCCCUCGACUAUCUCCACAGCAACAAGAUCAUACACCGGGACCUAAAGGCUGGAAAUGUCCUUCUGACUCAGGAAGGGGACAUUAAACUAGCUGAUUUUGGAGUGUCUGCGAAGAAUACCCACACCAUCCAACGGAGAACAUCAUUUAUUGGGACACCUUAUUGGAUGGCUCCUGAGGUUGUCCGGUGUGAGACUAUGAAGGAUGCACCUUAUGAUCACAAGGCUGACAUCUGGUCUCUGGGAAUCACUCUGAUAGAGUUGGCUGAGAUGGAACCCCCUCACCAUGAACUCAACCCAAUGAGGGUCCUCCUGAAGAUCACAAAGGCUCCGCCUCCAACAUUGACAGUCUCCUCCCAAUGGUCGUUACAUUUUAAAGACUUCCUGAGAAGGGCUUUGGAAAAGAACGUUGAUGACCGAUGGUGCACGAAGCAGCUUCUGCAGCACCCUUUCAUGGCUUCUGUUUCAAGCAACAAGCCGAUCCGAGAGCUGAUUGCUGAAGCCAAGGCAGAGGUUAUGGAAGAGAUUGAAGAGGGCAAGGAAGAAGAACAGGAGAUCUCCACAGAUCGUCCGUGUUCCAUUAACCCACAAAAUGAGGAGGAAGAGCAGCCAAUCAAGAUCACCAAGGUAGUGUUGGAGGAACAGCCAGAGUGUGUUGGGUCUGCUGACAAUAGUCAAGAUGCCAAUGCAACCCUGAAUGGUGCAGAAGAAGACAAAGCCAAUUCUGCUGAAUUAAGAGGCUUCGUAGCUGAUAGCGAGGUGAAGGAAGAUGUGGAUUUACCUGACUGCAAAACACCUGAGCAUCAGCAACUGGCUGUGAUGGAUGAGGAGGUUCAUUUGAAAACACCAACUGCUGGAUCUACCCUCACGGUCAGUCUUAAUCAAGGUGAAGAAGUGACAAGUAACGAGCUUAUGAUACAGUUGGGAGAGUCAACUGAAAUGGAAAUAAAAGGAAAUAAUAUCAACGAAAGUGAAAAGGAACAAAAUGACGAUAAACCAAAAGCUACCUCAAAUGAACUUGUGGAGAGCAAAGACCUGGAGACUAAUCUGGAAAAGCUAGUACAAUCCACAUGUGAGGAUUGUGGCGAUGUAACACCCAGCGGGACACCAGAGCGUGAGGAGAUAAGCGAUGAGAAGUUAGAGACAGAAUCCACUUCACAAUUGCGACAAGAGGAUGUAACAGAAACAGACGUUGUGCCAGUAUCUGAGGAGGUUGGGACAGAAGUGUUAAGGACACCAAUGGACCCAUUAAGCCAAAGCACAGAAUCAACUGCAAAGCUUGAACAAGUGGAAAAUUCCGCGAUACUGGAGGAAAAUAUUGUGCAUCCAAAGGAGAUCCCAGCAGAAACAGAAACAUUUGAAGAAACCAACACUGAGUCAAGAGAAGAAGAAAUUGCUGUUCUCUCCCUGGGACCUGGAGAACCAGAUACAACUGCAGUGAAGGACGAGGAGACAUGCAACUUGAAUAGUGAACCUCAUUCUGAUGUGGAUGUAAUGGACACUCCCUCACCGUGCAAGGAAUAUGAACAGGGUCUCAAGGAAAAUAAGGCAAUUUCUCAAUCCCCUUCAGCUAUUGAUUGUGUUCCUAAUGAUGAUGAUGCAGAACCAUCUGAAGGCACAACAAAGAAUGAGGAAGACCCUGGGUUAUCACUGCACAUGAGCACAGAGCCUGAGAUUAAUAAAGUAGAUGAGUUAAAGGAAGUAGCACACAACUUGGUACUUGUAAAUGAUAAGUUAAUAAAUUUUACAGAGAAUCAUUCAGAAGGGCCCAGUGGAGAGGCUGCUUCUGAGAUGCUGCCCUCUGAAGCAGAGGAUGAAAACUCUGAUCAAUCGACACGGUGCAAUGAGGCAAAGAACCAUGCAAUAAAGUUUCCUGAAGUGAAUAAAACACAGUCUUCAACAGAGGUUCUACAUGCAGAUGAAGAAAGCUAUAAGGUUGAAAAACCUAAGCAAUUAAACUGUGAUGAAUCUGUGUUGCCACAAACUACCGAAAGUAGAGCAAACACUACUCAAACAGUCAACAAAGACAAUGCACAGGAGGCAGAGAUUUCUUUAAUUAAAGAGAAAGAAAAUGUGCCGAAAGAAAGUGAUGCUGUUGCCAUAGUAACAUGCCUUGUAAAUGAACUGGUAGACUUGGUAAUAGUGAACGAAAGAGCCUGCGAGGUCAGUAACUCUAAAGAAUGUGAGCAGGAAAUCACACUAUCCCUGCCGGAAGUAGAAAGUGCUUGCUUCGGGGGAGGUUCCGUUCACGACGCUGAAGGAAGAGGUGCCUCCGAAGGGCUCAACCCCCCAGCUGCAGAGAAUGGAUCCGGAAAUGGUGAUGUGGGGAAGAAGGAAGAGCUGCCUGAUAAUCAGAGAGACCAGGAAGAACACUGUCAGAGAGAAAAGAGCAAGAGAAAUGAUGUGUCAGGAGCAUCGGCAGAAGAUGCUGCUUGUGACCAGCAUUAUAAAACUUCCACAGGUCCUCAAAAUAAGGUUGCAGAGCUGGAUGUUUGCAGGGAAACCAUAAAGCUGCAAGAAAGGGAGAGAUCAUGUGAAUCCUCUGAGGUCACUCCACUAUUGGUUAAACAAUCACCACAGGGUGAGAAUGGAGAAAGGAGAGGUUCUGACCAAUAUUCCGCUGAAGAUCUUGAAUCAGAUAGGCUGCACCCUUGCAGUGGAGAUGAAUUUCACAAACAGCAGCAGCUUAAGGAACUUGAAGAAGGGGUGCGACCCGUGCAGAGAAUGACGUUAAAGAAAACCCGGAAGUUCGUAGUGGAUGGAGUGGAAGUCAGUGUCACAACAUCAAAGGUUGUUAGCAAGGAUGACAAAAAGGACCAAGAUAUGCGGUCAGCCAGGCGCCAGGAACUCCGGGAACUUCGACUGCUACAGAAGGAGGAACAGCGAGCGCAGGCUCAGCUCGACCUGAAACAGCAGCAACAGCGAGAGCAGAUGUUCCGGCAAAUCGAGCUGGAAAUGAUGAACAAGAAGCUUUACUAUGAUCAGGAGAUCGAGACCCUUGAGCGAAACUGUAGACAGACUAUUGAUCGGCUGGAAAUAGAAUAUACCAACCGACUGCAAGAAGAGGCAAAGAGGCUGAAAGCUGAACAAGCAAAGGAGUUAGCCAAGGAGCGCCGGAAUCUGAAGGAUAAGAAGCAGGAGCAAGAAUUCAUUCAGAAACAACAGCAGAAGCUCAAUGAGGCCUUGCAAAAGGUCGUUCAGCAGCGCAAGUCAAAAAUAUCUUCCACUGAUUUUGAGCGGCUGAUGAAAGUGCAACAGCUGAAGAGAGACCGUGAGGCAGUGGUCUGGGACGUUGAGCAACGACAUCUAAAUGAGAAGUAUCACUUGUUCAAGCAGCAGGUGAAGGAACAGUUCUCGCUACAGAGACUACAGCUGAUGAAGAGGCAUGAGAAGGAGAAGGAGAGAAUGUCCCACGAUCACCACUGCCUCAUAGAAGACCUGAAGAGCCAACAGGCACAGGAGCGGGCCCGACUGCCCAAAACACAGCGCAAUGAGGCCAAGACCCAGCUGAAUAUCUUCAAACAGAGCCUGAAGAGCCAGGCCAUCAGCCCUCUGGAGCAAAGGGAUCUCAUCAAACAGUUUAUGAUGCAGGAAGAGGCCCAACAGAAAGCAGAGAAACAACACCAACAGCAACUGCACGAAGCUCACUUCAAGGAUCUGCUGAAACAAUGUGAGAACAACAGUGUGGAACUACAGCAGCUCCAGAAUGAGAAGUUGCAUCUUCUGACAGAAAGUGAGAAAGAAAAACUGAAGACACUCAAUGAGGAGCACACAAUGGAGCUGAAGGAAUGGAAGGAACGUCUUGCUUCUCGCCGAGAGAUCCUGGAGGAAGAGCUCGCCAGAAAACGACAACAGCAGCAGGUCCCUUGCAGGCGAAGCAGUGAACCAGACUCCUCCAAGUCCUCACUGCACAGGAUGUCCAGGUUUCUCCAGCUCCACACCUUCCAGUCAUAGGCAACGUCCCUGCCACUCUCGGGCACUAGAGGGCACUCUGCCACUCAGCAGUGGGUGUCUGUCACACCCGAGAGAUCGCUCAUUGAGUUCUGAAUGCUGAAGUUGAACCAAGUGCAAAGACGUUACACAGUGUCACAUGGUGGUGAGGUAUUCCCUUUGGUAUUGAGGUAGCCAGUGGGAGAAGCUUCUUAAAGUGAAAUGGGUUUGGGAGGUGUUUUUUUGGGGGGAGAGACAGAAAUAGUUCAUCUGUAGAGGGAUUUGGUGAAUGAAUGUUACAAGUUCUGAGCAGUGAUUUAUGACAGAUUUAUAUGCAGAAGGUUAAAGGUCAGAAUAUUCAACUUGUUGUAUGAGAAGAGCCCUGCUUCAGUCUCAGCUUCCAGAUCAGCCAGAGCACAGAACCAGAAUCAAGUUUAACAUCUGUCGUGACUUCUUUUUUGUUUUUUUUAGCAGCAGCACAGUGCAAUACAUAAAAAGAUUACUAGAAGCUACAAUAUUUUUUUAAGAGUCCAGUAAAAAGCAUAGUAAUGAAGUUGUGUUCAUGGUUUCACGGACUGUUCCGAAAUCUGAUGGCGGUGGAUAAGGGUAAGAAAUCAAGCUCGCACGCACUACUUGUGCUGACGGC